GGGAACGUGAAGCUCCAGCCGGAUCUCCUGGACAGCUUCCAGAAACACCUCGGGGCCAAGCUCGGCUGCGAGAAGCCCUUCUUCUUCGUUUUCCACGGGGGCUCCGGCUCCGAGAAGGAGGACAUCGACAAGGCGGUGAGCUACGGAGUGGUGAAGAUGAACGUGGACACCGAUACGCAGUGGGCGUACUGGGAGGGGCUCCUCAAGUUCUACAAGGCGAAGGAGGGCUACCUGCAGGGGCAGAUCGGGAACCCCGAGGCUAACCUCGACGCUCGAGGCGUGAAUCUCGACGCGUGCCCUCAAGACGGGGGAGAGUGA